GCGUUGGAUCAAGUUCAGAACCCAAAUCUCUCAACUGCCCCGAAAUCAUUCCGAGUUACUCUGCCCAGCUUACGAGUUAUAGUCUAUAAAAGAGUCGAACAAAUAUCUCCUGUGAAAUCAAUAACAGAUAAGGAUUCACAAUGUCUACUCAACCAGUACAGAAAAGCCAGCUCAAUAUCGUUAUGGGUGCCAUGACCUUCGGUAAAGAAGGUACAAUGGGAGCCCGUGUCCACGACUUGAAGGACGUCGAGGCAAUCAUUGAUGUAUUCGUCGCGCACGGACAUACCGAAGUUGAUACUUCCCGUACCUACGCUGGUGGAACCAGUGAAGAAUUCCUUGGAAAACUCGAUUGGAAAGCCAAGGGCUUGAAAUUGGAGACAAAGCUCGUUCCAAAGCAUGACAAUCCCAACCUCCCCCAAGCGAUACGAGAUUUCAUGAACCAGCUUUCGCCGGAGGACAUUCAUCACACAUACGAAGACAUGAAAAAACACAUCCUCCUCUCUUUGAAAGCUCUCAAUACGAAUCAAUUGGAAAUGUGGUAUCUGCAUGCUCCCGAUCGCACGAUCCCUUACGAGGUCACUAUGAAGGCCGUCAAUGACCUAUACAAGGAGGGCUAUUUCAAAAGGUUUGGUAUCAGCAACUAUAUGGCUUUUGAGGUCGCCGAAAUUGUGACCAUCUGCAAAUCCAAUGGGUACGUCCUUCCUUCUGUGUACCAAGGUAUCUACAAUGCCAUCCAUCGUGGAGCGGAACCCGAGCUCUUUCCUUGUUUGAGGAAAUUUGGAAUCAGCUUUUACGCAUUCAAUCCAUUGGGAGGUGGAUUCUUCACCGGCAGAUAUGGUUCUCUUCAAGAUUCUGUCGAGCCUGGAUCUCGUUUUGACCCACAAGGGUUUCAAGGACAGAGCUACCGAGGAAGAUACUGGAACGAGCAUUACUUCGAGGCUUUGACGUCUGUCAGAAAGGCUGGUGAAGCCCACAACUUGACUCUGGGAGAGAUUGCACUGCGUUGGGAGUCCCAUCAUAGCAUGUUGAAGCGCGAGCACGGAGAUUCUAUUCUCAUCGGAGCCUCCAACAUCGAACAUAUCAAACAAAACUUGAUUGAUUUGGAGAAAGGACCUUUGCCGGAAGAAGUUGUUACUGCUGUUGACGAAGCUUGGGCAUCAGUCAAGCCAUUUGCAUCGAAAUAUCACUUCUGAAAGUAACUUAGGAAAAUAUCUGCGUAGAUAGACAGUGCAGGGGUAUGUAGUAGUACAUAAGUUACUAGCAAACACUUUGUAUAAGUUUUGAUAUGCGCUCAUGUGACUAGUAUUACCAAAUCGAGAUAAGAGCGCUUUUCUGAAAUUCCGAUCUUGUCUU